UGACCGGGAAGCGCUGCCGCUCUGGGCAGACGGUUCCGGGCGCCGCACGGUCCCCCUCCCUUCCCGUCCCCUCCCCUCCCCGGUUCCCCCCCACCGGGAGAAGCCCGGCGCCGACCGCUCCCCAAUGGCCUCCGCUCCGGAGGACCCCGUUCUGGAGCGUUACUUUAAAGGCCACAAAGCUGCGAUCACCUCCGUGGACUUCAGCCCCAACGGCAAACAACUUGCUACUGCUUCUUGGGAUACCUUUCUCAUGCUAUGGAAUUUGAAGCCGCAAGCUAGAGCUUACAGAUAUGUGGGUCACAAGGAUGUUGUAACCAGCGUGCAGUUUUCUCCACAUGGAAACCUAAUAGCAUCUGCCUCUCGAGACAGAACCAUUAGACUCUGGAUUCCUGAUAAGAGAGGAAAAUCCUCAGAAUUUAAAGCUCAUACAGCUCCAGUUCGAAGUGUGGACUUCUCUGCGGAUGGCCAGUUAUUAGCCACAGCUUCCGAAGACAAAUCCAUCAAAAUAUGGAACAUGUAUCGCCAGCGCUUCUUAUAUUCCCUGUAUCGACACACACACUGGGUACGCUGUGCCAAAUUUUCACCCGAUGGCAGACUAAUUGUAUCAUGUAGUGAAGAUAAAACCAUUAAAAUUUGGGAUACAACAAAUAAGCAGUGUGUUAAUAACUUCUCAGAUUCCGUAGGAUUUGCAAAUUUCGUGGCUUUUAACCCUAGUGGUACAUGCAUAGCUUCAGCCGGAUCUGAUCAUACGGUGAAAAUCUGGGAUAUAAGAGUGAACAAAUUACUCCAGCAUUAUCAAGUUCACAGCGGCGGAGUAAAUUGUAUAUCAUUCCAUCCUUCGGGUAACUAUCUCAUCACUGCUUCUUCAGACGGUACGCUUAAGAUUCUGGAUCUUUUAGAAGGAAGGCUCAUAUAUACACUUCAAGGACAUACGGGGCCUGUCUAUACAGUUUCAUUUUCAAAAGGCGGAGAACUGUUUUCAUCAGGAGGUGCAGACACACAGGUCUUAUUAUGGAGGACAAAUUUUGAUGAAUUGCAUUGUAAAGAUCUUAAUAAACGAAAUCUCAAAAGAUUACAUUUUGACUCACCACCACAUCUUCUUGAUAUCUACCCAAGAACACCACAUCCCCAUGAAGGAAAAGUUGAGACUGUUGAAAUUAAUCCAAAGCUUGAGGUAAUCGAUUUGCAGAUCUCUACUCCCCCUGUUGUGGACAUUCUUUCUUUUGAUUCUACCACAACAACAGAAACCACUGAUAAAACUUUGCCAGAAAAGGGUGAAGAGAUCUGUGGCUAUUUCUUAAACCCUUCCUUAAUGACGCCGGACUGUUCACCUACAAGUAUGAAAAAGAAAACAGAAGACACAAGUGACCUCCCCUCUGAGAGUCAAAGAAGCAUACCGCUCGCUGUGACUGACGCUUUAGAGCAUAUUAUGGAACAGCUCAAUGUUUUGACACAGACUGUUUCUAUCUUGGAGCAGCGACUGACUUUGACAGAGGAUAAGCUGAAAGACUGCCUUGAAAAUCAGCAAAAGCUUUACAAUGUUGUCCAACAGAGAAGUUGAGUAGAAAAUUGUGAGCAGAGGCACAAUAAAUGAACAUACCUACUCAGGGAGGUCAUGCGAAGAGCUGCACGCAGCACAACCAUUCACUAACUAUCAGGGCAUUUUCUAAGAAGGUGAGCAACAGAAUGAAGGGCAUUAGGGGCAUAUUUAAGGACAACUUAAACACACAGAUCAAUGUCGAGAACUAAUUUAAAUCACUACCAUUCAUGGUGGCAGUAAUAAAGGAUAAACAUUCAAGUGACUCUCUAUUUUCCCCCCAUAUUAUCUAAAAUGUCCAUUUUCCUUCAUACUCCAAAUCCUGCCAGGAAAGUAACCCAAUCUCUGGAUUUCAUUGUUACAUUGUUUCAGGUUGACCAUGUUCAGGCAAUUCUAUAAAGCAAUUAAUGUAUUUCUUUAGGGACCACAGCCUUGGAGUGAAAGGCUAGAACAGCAUCCUAUAUGCAGAGAAUGAGUUUUCUAUCUGAUUUGUAUUUCUUUCAGUUAAAAAAAUAUAUCCUUUUUUACUAAUACUUUGAAAAGAUGAUCUAAAAAAAAUUCCCAAACCUCAGAAUUUCCACACUUAUUUGGGUUAUUUUCAAACCUGUGAUCAUAGUUCACAAAAAUUAUGUUGGGGUGAUUUCUGUAUGCUGAUAAGCCAGAAUGAUGCAACAGCAAUAUUUAAAAAUAUGCACACAUCUGCAUACACUUGCUUUAGACACAUUGCUGCUUAGGAUGAUUUGGACAGCUCAAUAAUAAGUACUUUAAAAAAAUGCAUCAUCACCUCCCUAUAUAAAUAUUUUUUUUAAUCAAAUUGUGAUUUGAAACAAAAUUAAAAUGAGCCAGGCAUUCUAAAAGACCUUGGUUACAAAUUAAGAAUAUUUUUUAUCUUAAACAAAAUGAAGACUGAAGUGAAGGAAAGCAGGUAAAUUAACUUAGCUUGCUUUUCUAAUACCCAAGAACCAAGGUGAGAAAAGGCAGUUCACAUUUAUGAUUUAUGUCUAUAACAUGGGUAAAAUGCCAUCUGUGUUUUAGAAAAGAAGAAAAGUUGAGGUCCUUUCCAUGAGGGAGUCUAUAUGUAGAAAUUUUCCUCAAAGCAAUUUCAAUUGUAUCUAUGAGGUGUUUUUUGGCUUUUUAAAAUCAUCAUAUUGGGUGUUGCAAGUGCCUUUUUAUACCAUACGAAGUGUGAACUUCCAAAUUACAAAGUGGCAUUGUAUUUUUAUAACCUCAUUGAAGAGACCAAGAAAUGAAAUGUCAUACCAAUUUUUGUUUACUUUUUUAUGCUUCAAACAAUAAAGACAUCAUUCCUUUUUUAAAA